ACGUGGAACGGUCGGUGCCUAAUUCUUCCCUCAAUCAUUCUAUUAUAAUUUCCGUUCUGGUUUCUAUGUGAAAUAAUUUACACGACCGAUGUGUUGCAUAAAGAUAAAUAGAAUAAGUACUGAAACGGUAGGAUUUUCCUUGGGGACAAGAAAAGGAAUACCAGUGUUUGUGCCUCGAAUACUUGCGAGGAAAUAGAUCGGUAAACAUUGAGGAUUACUCUGUCAUUCGAGUUUGAGCCAUGCAAUUGGAAGUUUGCUAACGAGAAAUGCAACAUUUUGCAGAUGAAUAUGUGGUGCAGUUCGAGGAGCAGUGGGCCCCCUCUCUAUUUGUUUCAAAGAAACGCGUCAAAGAAAUACAAAAAAAUCAGGAUUUUUUAAGGAAAUUGCAUUCCCGGAAGUGGACUACGCGCACGUUAAUCAGCGCCAAAUUGUACAAUCGGAACAUCCCCAUAUAAUUGAACUAAGACCAAGAAACGCCUUGCAACGUCUCUGCCAUCAAAGAUUCAUUUCCGUGGUUGCAAUAGAAUAUUAGGAAUAACAUUUCAAUAAUGAGUCAAGAUGACUAUUUCAAUACAGCUGAAAUUGAGCCGGAGAAAGAAUGCUGUGUACGACUUUUGGAGGAGAGAAAUUCUUCAGGAGAGGAGGAAGAAGAGGUCAAUCAACUCACGCAAGCUCUAUUGAGCUCAACAAAAAGGAGAGGAUCUGACCCAGCGAUUGACGAUCUAGGGAGCAGUGAGGGUGCAUGACAUAAGGAGAGUCUCGCUAGAGGCAAACUCCAGAGUAUGAUGAGAUCGAAGUGGUCAAGGCCCACCGAGUGUCUCCGAAAGAAAGCGGGCGCUGUCACAUUGGUAUUCCCCUGUAUUCUUAUUUUCUCACUUUACUUCAUUUCUGGACAUUAUGUAGAGUAUGAUGGGUACCUGCCACACAAGUUAUAUAAUCUAGAAGAUGAAUUAGUGGAUGGAUACUUAGUUUGGAACCCAAAAUGUCAUAUGCUUUCGGAAAACCCUAUGGACCCAUCGAUAACUCAAUACAUAAAAAAACAAAAAUUUGAGCCAUGUUCUCAUGGUCCUCUCCUGAGCUUCAUUGAGAAAGAUGUAAAUGGAUCAUACGCUCUAGUCAUUGAUCAAAAAGUUGCCAAAAGCUACAAAAAAUUCGUCUGUUGCUGGUCUCCAAUCACACGGCCUGUCCCUAAAAAACCCCCUACAGGAGAGUGGGAUACAAAAAUUGACCUAGGAAAAUGUCAAGACUUCGACAAUCGCGUACAGCUACCACCUGAUAUAGAAACUGUCAUGCUCUCCUGCAGACCAAAAGGCACCUCAAAGAACAUCCGCAGUAAAUCUCACAUCCUCUACGAGAACAUCCACCCCAUUCUGAGCGCCGUAAAGGUUCAAAGCAGACUCAACAUCUCGGAAUCCUUUGAACAGGGUCAAACAAAUCAAACAAGGGUCAGAAGAAAAAUUAGCAUCCUAGUCCUAGGAAUAGACAGCGUUUCCCGCCUGAAUUUUCAGCGAAGCUUACCAAAGACCAGGCGUUACUUGACAGACACCGGUUGGAUCAACCUGCAAGGAUACAACAAAAUGGGAGACAACACAUUUCCAAAUUUGAUGGCGAUUCUCACCGGUCAAAAUAGCACGACGGCCUAUGCGAACUGCAAGCCAUUCCAAGCCUACGGUUUGGACAACUGCCCAUUUUUAUGGCAUAAUUUCAGAAACGCUGGAUACGUCACUGCUUAUGCUGAAGAUGUGGUCCCUCUGAGCACAUUUAACUACCUAAAAGUUGGAUUUGUUGAUCCCCCGACAGAUUAUUAUCUUAGGCCCUAUAUGAUAGCCACCGAGAAGCUCUUGAAAUCCAAAAAAAGAUUCAAUGCUAAAUACUGCACUGGACCUGAAUUAGUAGUCGACAGGAUCUUCGAUUCUGCAUUGAACUUUGCCAAGACAUUUCUUGGUUUUCCUUACUUCGGAUUCUUCUGGACAAAUACGGUCAGUCAUGAAGAUGUGAAUGGCCCAUCAUCUAUGGACGAUCACUUCUUGGAAAUGUUCGAAAAAUUUGAAAAAUCAGGAGUGACAAGUGAUACUUUGAUGGUGUUUCUGAGUGAUCACGGCAUGCGGUGGGGCGGGAUAAGAAAUACAUUUAUUGGCUGGUAUGAGGAGAGAUUGCCCUUUAUUUACUUGAAACCACCGGAGUGGAUGAAAGAAGAUGCCAGUGUAUUUCAAUCACUUAGAAUCAAUGAGCAUCGUCUGACUUCGCCUUAUGACCUUUAUGAGACAUUUCGCCAUGUCCUUAUCAAGUCUGGAGGUGAUGCUAAUGCCAGCAGUGGAUGUUCCACAUGCCAAAGUUUAUUAAAACCAGUGCCAAUUGAGAGAGGUUGUGCGGACGCCGGAGUUUCUCCUCACUGGUGCACUUGUACUGCCUUUAAGCCUGGGAAUACUGACGACGAAAUUGCUAAAGAAGGUGCUAAAGCAUUUCUCCAACAUGUGGAGAAGACUGUUAAAGAUUAUAGAGAUAAGAAGGGGAAAAGACUCUGCGCAAAGUUUAGGAUUAAGAAGAUUCAUAGAGUAGAUAAAAUUAUUGACCUGCAUAAUUUUUCAACUCAUUCUAUUACUGUUGAGGGGUAUUUUUACUUGAUUGAAGUGACUCCUGGAGGGGGCAAAUUUGAGACGACCAUUAGAGUCCAUGGAAAAGGAAAUUAUAGUGUUUCUGAUGAGGAGAUUAGUAGGAUUAAUUCGUAUGCUGAGAGUGCCAAAUGCCUCGACCACGGAUCCAAAAGGUUUUGCCAUUGCAUAAAAUAGGGAUGGAAGACGCUAUUCGACAGAGUCAGAGGUUGAGUCAACUACAAUUUCAAGUACCGAGCCAGAAACUGACAGAUUAAUCAACAGACCACUGAGGAGUUUUGUUGGAUCUACGUCCGUAUUGGAAGAAUAGUUAUUAAAUCAAGCUAGACAAUACAAUGAGUAAUUGCAAAUUAGUCUUAUAUUAAACGUUGAGUAUUCUUUUGUUGACAUAAUGAAGAAAUCGGUUAUUUCGGCUCGAGUGACAAUAUGUAUAUAAACUAUUAAAAUAUGUAUAUAAACUAUAAACUAUUGAAAUGGAUAUCAAACAAUGACUUGCCGAUAUUCACAAAACCAUCCCAUAUGUAGGAUUAUGUCUGAUUGAUUAAAUCGAAUUCUAAAAAAUGUUCCUGCCAAAAAACGGGAAAAUUGGAUGUUGUGAUUCAAUAUUGUGCAAUAUGCGAAAUAAUAGAUUAUUUUGUUAAAUGAGAUAUAAAAACAAGUUUGAAAUUGGAAAAUAUUCAAAAAUGGAGAAAUAUAACAAUAUUGAAAAUA